GGGCUCCAGAGCCCAGCCCGCCGCUCACCUGCCACGGUGCAGCUCACCUGCUGUGGAGCUCGAGCCCCGCGCCCUUCUGGCCCACUCCGGAGCGGGGCCACCGCCCCUCGCAGCUGCGGGCACCAGCGCCGACAUGCCACACGAGUAGCCCGCGCUCUUUGGAAGCACCAGAGGACACCCCUCGAUCUGGGCGUGCCAAGAGGACAGGGGUUAAAAUGAAUGAAGACCUGAAGGUCAAUUUAAGCGGGCUGCCUCGGGAUUAUUUAGAUGCCGGUGCCAACGAGAACGUCUCAGCCGCUGUCUCCUCCCAGGUUCCGGUUGUAGAGUCAGAGCCUGAGCUCGUAGUCAACCCCUGGGACAUUGUCUUGUGUACCUCAGGAACCCUCAUCUCCUGUGAAAAUGCCAUUGUGGUCCUUAUCAUCUUCCACAACCCUAGCCUGCGAGCACCUAUGUUCUUGCUGAUAGGCAGUCUGGCUCUUGCAGACCUGCUGGCUGGCAUUGGACUCAUCAUCAAUUUUGUUUUUGCCUACCUGCUUCAGUCAGAAGCCACCAAACUGGUCACCAUCGGACUCAUUGUCGCCUCCUUCUCCGCCUCUGUGUGCAGCUUGCUGGCUAUCACUGUUGACCGCUACCUCUCGCUGUAUUACGCUCUGACGUACCAUUCCGAAAGGACGGUCACAUUUACCUAUGUCAUGCUGGUCAUGCUCUGGGGGACUUCCAUCUGCCUGGGGCUACUGCCUGUCAUGGGCUGGAACUGCCUGCGGGACGAGUCCACUUGCAGCGUGGUCAGACCUCUCACCAAGAACAACGCAGCCAUUCUUUCCGUCUCUUUCCUCUUUAUGUUUGCACUGAUGCUUCAACUCUACAUUCAGAUCUGUAAGAUUGUGAUGAGGCACGCCCAUCAGAUAGCCCUGCAACACCACUUCCUGGCCACAUCACACUAUGUGACCACCCGGAAAGGGGUCUCCACCCUGGCUAUCAUCCUUGGGACAUUUGCUGCUUGCUGGAUGCCUUUCACCCUCUAUUCCUUGAUAGCAGAUUACACCUAUCCUUCCAUCUAUACCUACGCUACUCUCCUGCCUGCCACCUACAAUUCCAUCAUCAAUCCUGUUAUAUAUGCUUUCAGAAACCAAGAGAUCCAGAAAGCCCUCUGCCUCAUCUGCUGCGGCUGCAUCCCAACCAGCCUGUCCCAGAGGGCACGAUCGCCUAGUGAUGUGUAGCAGCCUUCCACCUAGAAGGACACUGCCUAUGGCAAGCACUUCCACUGCCCACCCAAUGGUUGAUGUGCUCCCUUAAAUUCUUUGCAUUGGAUUCUCUGUCAAGCCGCAGGAAUACUUAGCAUUGGUGAAGCAAUGACAUCAUUUAAAUGAGUUAAGUGACCGAGUGAAAAUGAUGUUACCAGUGUUGUCACUUUUUCAAAAAAGUUGUUGACUGCUCAGCAUUACUUCUUGUUUUGGGACAAGGAUUUUGUUUUAUUUUAUAUUUGGGGGUGUGGUUUUUGUUUUAUAUGGUGGUAUGUGGGAAAGGAAAGGGUAUGACAUGGCCCCGAUGUUAAUUUAAAUAAACAAGUUCCAGGGUUUUUACCUGGACUUUAAAAUAAAUCUGAGUUAUUAAGGAAAAUGGAGAAGGAAUUACUUUUUCUGAAUUUUCUUUUUUUAAAAAAUCAAGGUAGACUUUCAACAUUGCAUGUAU